GCCCGCACCGCAAGAUGCAGGCCAAUCAGGGGCCGGGGGCGGGGCCUAGGCCGUCACGCCCUCCCUCUGGGCUUAUUGAGAGUUAUAUCAAGAAAUUCAGUUCAGAGAGAGGAGAGAGGAGAGGGAGAAGGAGAGAGGGGCAGAGGAGAAGAGAGAGAGGGAGAGCUUGCGAGACAGGAAGGAGCGCCUGAAGAGUCUCUGAAGCACGAAAGAGACAGCCGAUUAGGAAUUUCUGGGCAACUGUCACCGGGAGAGCAGCCAGAGAACCACCAUCACCCCAACUCUGACGUCUCCUCCAAGAAGUUAGAGACUUAAGCAGUAUUGACAUCGGGUGGAAAUGGUACGCUUGAUGCUGUGGAAAAUGCCCCUGAGCUGAAGAAGUGCAACUGGAUGUUGUAUGUGUGUUAAAUACCCAGAAGAACCCAGACCCAGUGGGUAAUAGAGACGAAACGUGGAGAGAAUGACUAACGACAAAUCUGUGAAUUUGUUCUCUGGAGUUGCUAAUUUGCCAGCCCGAAGCAACACAUUUUACAAGGAGGAAACGUUUCGCUGCUUCUGAUUUCUCCCCAAACUGGUGCUACCAGAUGCAUGGCUUUCUAUGUGUUGGAACAAAUCAUUCCUAACUGCAGCAUACUGGGAAAGGGGAAAGGUUGAGGCAACUAACUGGCUGUCUCCAAAUAAGUGAUGAGAUGUAAUGCAUCCUCCAGUCCAUGCACGCUUCCUCUUGCAAUUCGUACAUCAUUCCUCAGUGGAAAUCUUUAAGCCCUAAAAUCCAGGAAAAGAAAAUAAAUACAUUAUCAUGGACCUGAGGGAUUUUUACCUGUUGGCUGCUCUGAUUGCCUGUUUAAGGCUGGAUUCCGCAAUAGCUCAAGAACUUAUAUACACUAUUAGAGAGGAAUUGCCUGAAAAUGUGCCCAUAGGAAACAUACCAAAGGAUCUGAACAUUUCUCACAUCAAUGCUGCCACAGGGACCAGUGCCAGCCUUGUCUACAGACUGGUUUCUAAAGCUGGGGAUGCCCCUUUGGUGAAAGUAUCCAGCAGCACUGGAGAAAUUUUCACAACCUCCAAUAGAAUAGACAGAGAAAAACUCUGUGCUGGAGCCUCUUAUGCUGAGGAGAAUGAGUGUUUCUUUGAACUUGAGGUGGUGAUCCUCCCCAAUGACUUUUUCAGGCUGAUCAAAAUAAAAAUAAUUGUCAAGGAUACCAAUGAUAAUGCCCCCAUGUUUCCAUCUCCUGUCAUCAAUAUUUCCAUUCCAGAAAACACUUUGAUCAACAGCCGCUUUCCAAUUCCAUCAGCAACAGAUCCUGACACAGGCUUCAAUGGUGUACAGCAUUAUGAAUUGUUAAAUGGGCAGAGUGUUUUUGGACUGGAUAUCGUGGAAACUCCGGAGGGAGAGAAGUGGCCACAAUUGAUUGUUCAGCAAAACUUGGAUAGAGAACAGAAAGAUACCUAUGUGAUGAAAAUCAAAGUAGAGGAUGGAGGCACUCCACAGAAAUCCAGCACGGCCAUACUGCAGGUCACAGUAAGUGAUGUAAAUGACAACAGGCCAGUGUUUAAAGAGGGUCAAGUGGAGGUGCAUAUUCCAGAGAAUGCUCCCGUAGGUACUUCUGUAAUUCAGCUCCAUGCCACUGAUGCAGAUAUAGGCAGUAAUGCUGAAAUCCGGUACAUUUUUGGUGCCCAGGUUGCCCCUGCAACCAAAAGACUCUUUGCUUUAAAUAAUACUACUGGGCUAAUUACAGUUCAGAGGUCCUUAGAUAGAGAGGAGACAGCCAUUCACAAAGUGACAGUGCUGGCUAGUGAUGGCAGCUCCACUCCUGCUCGAGCAACGGUUACCAUUAAUGUCACCGAUGUAAAUGAUAACCCUCCUAACAUAGACCUCAGGUACAUUAUAAGUCCUAUCAAUGGCACCGUGUAUUUAUCUGAGAAAGAUCCCAUCAAUACAAAGAUUGCUCUAAUUACAGUUUCAGAUAAGGACACAGAUGUGAAUGGCAAAGUGAUCUGUUUUAUUGAAAGAGAGGUCCCAUUUCAUUUGAAGGCAGUAUAUGACAACCAAUAUUUGUUAGAGACCUCGUCUUUGUUGGACUAUGAGGGCACCAAAGAAUUCAGCUUUAAAAUUGUUGCCUCUGAUUCUGGGAAGCCCAGUUUAAAUCAGACUGCCCUGGUAAGGGUUAAGCUUGAGGAUGAAAAUGACAACCCACCAAUUUUCAACCAGCCUGUAAUUGAGCUGUCAGUUUCUGAAAACAACCGACGUGGGUUAUACUUAACAACUAUUAGUGCCACAGAUGAAGACAGUGGGAAAAAUGCAGACAUUGUUUAUCAGCUUGGACCGAAUGCCUCCUUCUUUGAUCUGGACCGAAAGACAGGAGUUUUGACAGCCUCCAGAGUCUUUGACAGAGAAGAACAAGAACGAUUCAUUUUUACAGUAACUGCCAGGGACAAUGGGACCCCUCCCCUCCAAAGCCAAGCGGCUGUGAUAGUUACUGUUCUGGAUGAGAAUGACAAUAGCCCCAAGUUUACUCAUAAUCAUUUUCAAUUUUUUGUGUCUGAGAAUCUGCCAAAGUAUAGUACUGUGGGGGUGAUCACAGUGACAGAUGCAGAUGCUGGAGAGAAUAAGGCUGUGACUCUUUCUAUUCUAAAUGACAAUGAUAAUUUUGUGUUGGAUCCAUAUUCUGGAGUCAUAAAGUCAAAUGUCUCAUUUGAUAGAGAGCAGCAGAGUUCCUACACUUUCGAUGUCAAAGCCACUGAUGGAGGACAACCACCUCGUUCCUCUACUGCAAAAGUAACCAUCAAUGUCAUGGAUGUCAAUGACAAUAGCCCAGUUGUCAUUUCUCCACCAUCUAACACUUCCUUUAAGUUGGUGCCCCUCUCAGCCAUUCCUGGCUCCGUGGUAGCAGAAGUUUUUGCAGUGGAUAUCGACACUGGAAUGAAUGCUGAACUUAAGUAUACAAUAGUGAGUGGAAACAACAAAGGCUUAUUUCGGAUUGAUCCAGUAACAGGUAACAUCACCCUGGAAGAAAAGCCAGCACCUACUGAUGUUGGCUUGCACCGUUUGGUGGUCAACAUAAGUGACCUGGGGUACCCUAAGUCUCUGCACACACUUGUGCUUGUGUUUCUUUAUGUUAAUGACACUGCUGGAAAUGCCUCCUAUAUCUAUGACUUGAUCCGCAGGACUAUGGAGACCCCGUUGGACAGGAACAUAGGGGAUAGUAGCCAACCCUAUCAAAAUGAGGACUAUCUCACCAUCAUGAUUGCCAUCGUCGCAGGCGCCAUGGUGGUCAUAGUUGUGAUCUUCGUCACUGUUCUGGUGCGCUGUCGCCAUGCAUCAAGGUUCAAAGCAGCUCAGAGGAGCAAGCAAGGUGCAGAAUGGAUGUCCCCGAACCAGGAGAACAAACAAAACAAGAAAAAGAAAAGGAAGAAAAGAAAGUCUCCCAAGAGCUCUCUUUUGAACUUUGUUACUAUCGAAGAGUCCAAACCCGAUGAUGCAGUUCAUGAACCUAUCAAUGGGACGAUAAGCCUGCCGGCUGAGCUAGAGGAGCAGAGUAUAGGAAGAUUUGACUGGGGCCCAGCACCUCCAACAACCUUCAAGCCUAACAGCCCUGACCUGGCCAAGCACUACAAAUCUGCUUCUCCACAGCCUGCUUUUCAUCUCAAACCAGACACUCCAGUUUCUGUGAAAAAGCAUCAUGUGAUUCAGGAGCUCCCUUUGGACAACACCUUUGUCGGGGGUUGUGACACCCUGUCCAAACGCUCUUCCACUAGUUCAGAUCACUUCAGUGCCUCAGAGUGCAGUUCCCAAGGAGGCUUCAAGACAAAGGGCCCCUUACACACCAGACAGUGUAACUCACACAGCAAAAGUGACACUAUUCCUGUCACUCCUCAGAAAUGUCCCAGCUCUGCGGGUUUCCACAUGCAGGAGAAUGAAGAAAGCCAUUACGAGUCGCAGCGCCGUGUUACGUUUCACCUGCCCGAUGGCUCCCAGGAAAGCUGCAGUGACAGUGGUCUAGGAGACCACGAGCCGGUGGGUAGUGGAACCCUGAUCUCACACCCUCUUCCUCUGGUUCAGCCACAGGACGAAUUCUAUGACCAGGCCUCCCCGGACAAGAGGACCGAAGCAGAUGGCAACUCUGACCCCAACUCUGAUGGGCCUCUGGGUCCCCGAGGAUUAGCUGAAGCUACAGAGAUGUGCACCCAAGAGUGCUUGGUUUUGGGUCACUCAGAUAAUUGCUGGAUGCCUCCUGGCUUGGGUCCAUAUCAACACCCAAAAUCUCCUCUCUCAACCUUUGCACCCCAGAAAGAAUGGGUCAAGAAGGACAAGCUCGUGAAUGGGCACACCCUGACCAGAGCCUGGAAAGAAGACAGCAACAGGAACCAGUUCAAUGACCGUAAGCAGUAUGGCUCCAACGAAGGCCAUUUCAACAAUGGCAGCCACAUGACAGACAUUCCUCUGGCCAAUCUGAAGUCUUAUAAGCAAGCAGGAGGUGCUAUUGAGAGCCCUAAGGAGCACCAACUCUAAGAAAAGGCUAUAUGGGACCUAAUAACUUUAAUCUAAAUAGACAUGCUAAUAUCGUGUGUGUCAGAGCUUUAUGUAUUCAAUAGAUCUCUACAACUAUGCCCCUUCUAGCAGGGAUAUCCAUAAUUUUGUGUUAGCACUAUGGAGGAUAUAAUGUUUUGCAACAUAAGAGAGAAAAUAGUUCUACUAGCCAUGUGAUCUUGUUUACUAGAAUUGAUUAAACUUUCCGGAGAUCUCUCCAUUGUGCAAAUUUUUUUAUUAUUGCAUUUUAUUUUGACCCUGGACUGCUGCUAUGAACAAUAGAAUAUGCAUUUGGAGAGUAAGAAAGUUACAUGGAUUAGAGUGACUGACAAACAUAUCCAGUUAGAAAAUUGUGCUCUUUUUGUCAUUGAUUUGUGCUGGGACCGCUAUACUUGACAUUAUACUUCAAACAAAACUUAAAAAGAUAAGCAUUAAACCUAUUGUGCUGUUAACAACGUUAGUGGACACUUGUAAGUCAAUCAGUGUUAAAGUAUUUGUAAAUAGAAGCAAGCUAUUAUUAACAACUUUUGUGUACUUAUAAUGUUCACCUAAAAAUGUUGUAGCAUAAUUCUGUGUUUUAUGGUUGCUUCUUUCCUUUUUUUUUUUAAUUUACCUCUUUGUUGUUUUUUCUUUUAGUGAGGUGUUUCUGCGUUUGUAGUCUGUCUUGACACACAUUGUUCAAAAGAUCUCAAACACUUGUGUUUAAAAAAAAGGUUCUGAAAUCUUUUUUGUAUGAUAGCUUAUGAUGCUGGAAUUCUGUAAAAAAUAAAGAUGAAAGAAAAAAAUGAAAACCUUGUACCAAAAGGGACCUCUGUAAAAGCUUGGAAAUUCAGAACCUAUUUUUUGAUAUUCUUAUUUUCAAAGUAGGCAAAAGCAAAGUCACUUAAUUAGUACCAUUAAGUGAAAGAGUAAUGGGAAAGUGUUAUCUGUUAAAAGUGAUAUAAUAUUCUGUACUUGUCACUUAUGCAAAACUAAUGUCUCAAAAUUAGCAUAUAUGGCAGAAAAAUCACUAUUCAAAAAUAGUUUAAAUUUGGCAAAUGUGUGUCUGCAACUUUGUUGAAAUGGCAGUUUGUGUUAAUUCUCAUAUACAAUACUGUUGUUGUAACACAAGUGUUAUUAGACCAUAGCCACAAAAUAUUUAAUGUGUUGUGCCUUCAUGCUGUAACAGAACAUUCUCCAGGUAGGGUAGUUGGGGUAAAUAAAGGGAUAAAUCUCUAAUUAUUGCUGUUUAACUGUUUGUUAUCAUAGUUGGUCAAUGCCUGGCAGGUACCAGCAUAUUGUCACUUAGGUCAAACCAACAGAGUGACAACUAAUGUUAAUAAGAUCUCAGUUGCACGUGCAAACAAAUCCAAAUUUGAACAUUCUUAGGAGGUUUUUGUUAAGGCAUGACAGAUGAUUUAAACAAAUAAAUAGCAUGCAACACAAUGUCUUUAUUGAAAGAAGUGAAAGUUAUCUUAAUGCCACGGUUCACCAUCAGUUUAAAAGUAAAAAAAAAAAAAAAGUAAAAAAAAAAAGGUUUGCUAAUCUGAUAGUUAAUUUGUUCUUACCAAAAAAUAAAAUUACUUUGUAAAUAGCAGUUCACAUUUUUCCACAGUAUAAUGGAAAAUAAUGGGUAGGGGUGCAUUGCUUAUUGAAGUACACUUUUGUCGGUUUGUGAGGGGUGUUUGAUGACUUUGACAGAAUAAAUAUCUAAACAAUUAUCCUUGUUACUGCUUUGCCAGUUCUACGUUAUUUACAGUUAUUCAGCUCUUGCAAUAAAUGUUCUGAAUUCCUGA